AUGUUGGAAGACUAUUACGCCCUUCUCGGGAUCCCCAGAUCGGCCAACGAUGCCGCCAUCAGGAGCAGUUAUCGUCGUCUCGCGUUGUUAACCCACCCGGACAAGAACAGGGGCAACCCCACUGCAACCAGGAGAUUUCAGCAAGUGGCCGUAGCUUAUGAAACCCUUAAGGACCCAUCGAAGCGAAAGGUUUAUGAC